ACUAAUCAAACAUUUCAUUGAAAUAUAUAAUCGAUAAUCGAUGGUUGGACCAUUAGGGUGCCCGAAUAAAAUUUAUAAAUAUGUAGUCCAUAAAAAAUAAAUGAUUUGUUGAGUGCCAAUGGUAAACAAUGGAUUUUCAAAUCCCGCGUACCUUGUUCCCAGGUGACGGCUUGUAUGCGAGUACUAUACUCGUAAUAUGGCGAGGAAAAACGCAUCUACGAAAAUGUCGUAAUGAAACCUAAAUGAAAACUAAAUGUGUUACCUGAAAAUCACAUUUUCACAGUAUUAUUGUUAUUUAUAAUUGAACAUUUUUGAUUUCUCUAAUUCAGUAAUACCUAAUAAUAAAAUAAAACCUAAUAAGGAAGAAAUUAUGGAAUUUAGAAUUUGAUCCUGUUUUGCUUUGGUCAGGUUUUUACACCAAGCGACUCCCAACUGACCUCCGCAACUUUUUAGGGGAAUCUAACACAAAUUGCAUCGAUCAUGGUUAUACAUCCAGUUGCUUGAAUGUGCCGGUUCCUUCACGAUGUUUUUCUUCAAAGUAAGAGCAUUAGCACCGAUUAAAAAAAAGGAAUAAAAGUAAUGGAUUCGUAUGAAAAAGAAAUGACAGAGUCUACGAUUGAGCCUGGAGUGUCAAUGUCGGUAAUGGAGGAGGCUCCCACUAUGACGGUAGCCACCAUUGUGGGGGUCACCAUCGUAGUCCUGGUCACCAUCGCCGCUGUCUUCUUCCUGGGAGUGUUACUCGACUGUCGACAACAGCGGCGGUUGGAAAAGAAGAUGGGAGAAGUGAAAAAGCUGAAGAAUCAGCGGCGAAUCAACACGCUCACGGAGAAUGAUGAAAUUAGUAUAGCGAACCACAUGGAGCAAGCGGGAACCAGUAUCGCCCCUGCAGAGAUCUUGGCAACUGUACCCUGAUUUCAUAUUUUGAUCUUUUUGAAAUUUGUACUUUUCGACAACUUAGUUUCGCUUUAAUUUGCAAAUGAUACAUUGAGGUAUUUAUUCCUCCAAGCGCAAUCAUAUUGAAGGGCACCUAAUGAGGUAAAAUUGUGCGAUGAAUUAUGCCAAAGUAGAGCGUUCUUAUCUAGCCUUAUAAUUAGUUUCCAGAAAAUCCUAAUAAAUAAUGAAACUUAGUUGUAUGAAAAUUAACUGUUAUAUGCGAUUUAUGAAUUUGGAAACUUUAAUUUAAAUUAAGAUCUUGAAAUGGGUAAUUUGUAGGUAUACCUAUAUGAAAAUUAAGUCAGUAAAGUAAGUCAAGGUUAUAUAAAAUUGUAUUUGCGUUCAAGAAAUAAGAAAAGUCGGAUGUAUUAUUCUAGUAUACCUACCUGCUCCUGCUAUCUUUCUGGUAAAAUGCUGUCACUGAAACUUAAGAAGAUAAUGUUUGUUAUGUAAGUAUAACUUAUGCGAAUAUAAACGAGUCUCAAUUUAUACUGUCUCAAUUAUGUAAACUGUUUUGGCACAUCAUGUAUCUUAAUUUACUGUCAAUUGUUUAAAACAUUACAUUAUUUAUUUUGUUAUUUAUUACAAGCAAUAUUCCGUU